CAUCAACCCUUCUCUCCUUCCCUUGUCAUCUUCGUCUCUUGACACUCUUGACCCUCUCAACUCUCUCCACCAUGGAGAUGCAGUACGUGUUCUACACUGCCGUUCGCCAGCCGCCGCAGGUCUUUGCAGCCUACAGCCCGUGCACCUUUGUCCUCGGUGUGGGCUGCAGCAAGAUCCUCGCCUGGCUCAUCGAGGAAAUGGGCGGCGACAUGGAGAGCGCGCGCAAUGCCCUAUUCUGCCUUCUGCACGUCAACCACGAUGGUCGCGUCGUGGGCGGCCUGCCCCCCAAGCGCCUCUUCCACCCCUGCGUGCGCUUCCUCGACUCGAGAUUCGUCGCCGACUGCUGCACCGCCGGCCGCUGGCUUGAUCCCGACCCGUACGACCUUGUUCUCUCGGAACGCCAGCGCGUGAUGGCACCCCAGCAGGUCGAGUACAACCCUCACCCCGCGCACCAGCCCCAGCCCGACCGCAACGACCUCCGCGACGCUGGAUCCGACACGGACGAUGACGACGAUGCGAGUGUCAACUCUACCCCGCCGACGCCGGCUCGCGAUGGCCCCCUCACGACCAACGGUACGGGCACCACCUCGGUCUCUGUCAAGCGCGCGCGCGACGACGAGGACGCGAUCGAGGGCCCCUCCUCCUCUCGCGUGCGUGUGUAGUGCGCCACCCCCCUCCCACGAGUAUGCAGUGCGCCCACCCACGUCAUCCCCCUCUCUCUUCUCCGCCCCGA